AUGACUGGGUCAAACGGUGUGGACUUUGGCUUUCCUGCGAUCGGGUUCACUUUGAAUUCGAUAAAGUCGCACGGAGUUCCGUAUCUCUCGGUUCGGGUUGAUUAUGAUCCGCUUAACUUCGAAUCCAUUACGGAAGACGCAAUUAAGUGGUAUCAGUGGAUCGAUGAUAAAUUCGUGUUCUAUCACGAACAUCCUCCUCGACCUCCCCCAGAGUGCUCCGCCGAACCACAUUCUCACGAUGGAUUUUUCGUGAAGGUCGAAUUCGCGACUUGGCAUCGGAAUUCGGUUCCAGUCGAACAUCCGCGUUGCAACUGUGAUCCGUGGUACGAUGACCCUCUGUACGAUCACUCAGAUCCGCCAGAAUGUCAAGCCCUCGCAUUCGCAGCUGUAAUUGCCGAUGGACUUCGAGCAGGGAAAAAUAUGGAGGAUAUUAAAAUCGAGCCGCACCUCUUUGAGCUGCCCUCGACUACUCGUAUCCGUACCUAUUGGCCCUCGGGACCGACCCGCGCUGAGACUCUGUCCGAGAUGUCGACUCUGAGAAGAGCUUUUUCAACCUGGAAUCUCUAA